UUCAAAAUAUAUCAAGACUUAAAAAAUUUAAGUAUUUAAAUGUCUAAAGUAAAUAAUAAAAUAAAAAUUUAUAUCUAAAAUAAACCAAAAAUAAAACAUUAAUGUUAAUAAACUGUCGGUAACAUAAUAAACUAAUACUAAACCAUAUCAACUAGUUGCUCAAAAAUCAUAUCAACUAAUUUUUGGCUCUUUCGAUUAUCGUUCACUUUAUUUUCUUCGGGUUUGUAUAUGAAAAUAUUCAUAAAAAAUUAACUCAUCUAAAAAUCAUAAAUAAGAUGAUAUUUUUUUUAAUCCAAACCGAAUUACAUAUUGAGUCACUGGAUUUACCGAUUUGACCGCGGGUGGUUUCAAAACACUGCGUGGUAGUCACAAGGUUUGGUUUUAAUUUGUUAAUUUUGCUCAAACUAGUGAUUGUCCUCGUAAACCUUAAAAUAUGAAGUUUUUAUAAACUUAUUGUGGGAGAACUACUACUGGUCUUAGUUUACAAAAAAAAAAAAACUACUACUGGUCUGUGUUUAAGUUGAGACAAUUGUGGGUGUGAGUCCUGCUUUUGCGUUUGCUAUGGUAUCUUAUGAUUUGAUUUCAAUUCUUUCACAAUCAUUAAGUUUUUACCCUUAACCUGAUUAAAAUAGAUAAAUUGAUUCCAACAGAUGACCUGAUUGGUAUGUCAUGUAUCACUUCCACUUUAAACUGAGAAUCAACUACGGACUAAAGCACCAUGAUUUCAAAAAGUGCACUUGGUCUCUCACACCAUUGUAUUUGUUUAACAGCAAGGCUUACACUCAUAAUGAAGCAUUUCUUUCAACAACACAAGAAAUUCAACAUCCAUGUAAGGGCUCAAUGGUUAGUCUUGACCAGUCCAAUUUGUGAACUCAAACCAAUAUAUUCCUCUUCUCUUAACCUGAGAACUCAUAUGCUCAAGUUCUCUAGUAGAUGAACAUCACUAAUCAUUAAAGACAUCAAUUAACUAGUCAACGUUUAAUCAAACUUACACACUAGGUUUAUCUUACAAAUUACCAACUCAAGAAGACAAGCAUAAUCAUAUAGCUUGGACGUGUGUGAAACAAGCUCAUAUGUUUCAUCUUCCCAAACUCAUUACAAAACCAGAAUCUCACUAACACACAAAAGUAUCAGUAACUCAGCGUCAACAAAUUCAUUCUUUAAAAUCCAAAACUUAUAAAGCAAUAAAAUUUCAAAUCAAAUCCGAAAUCGCGAUUUACACAUCUCUCAGAAAACAAAAUCAAUCAAAACCCACUAACGAAAACUAAAUAGAAAACUACCCAGCUCAAUUCAAAAAUUGGACAGAGAAAAACGGCCAUAGCAUAACAUUCAAUAAAACUCGAACUGAAGCAAAUGACUAGAUGGAGCUUUUCUCGUCGCUGUAGAGCGCUAUUCCAGUGAAGAGAUGAUGCUUAGAGAUCAGAUUAAACAGAGGGUUAGAGAUGAGAAGAGGCUUGGAGAAGUCGAGAGAGAAAAGAGAUGAGAAAUAAAAUUUCAGAUUAAUGGUAUUCUUUUGUAAAUUGGCUAAAAUAUAAGGGGUGUUUUUGUCAUUUUAGUCUUUUAGGAUUUUUGAUCGCAGAAUUUUGAUCGCUAACGCUGAAAAAUUCAGCGACCAAAAUUUUAUGUCGCCGAACGCUAGCGACUGGUCGCUGCGACAGGUCGCGGAGCUAGCGACUGCCAAACGAACAUGUUUUAGACGCGGACGCUGGUCGCUGACGCUAGCGACUGCCAAACGAACAGGGCCAAAGACGAAGUUAAUGAUGGACUUUUUUAAAUAGCGGGGCAGAGAUAAUGACGCGUGACCAGAGUCUCCGAUGAGUUCGAGCUGUUUGGAUUCUCAAUAGAAUCUUGAUUUUGAAGUGUGGUCGGAGAUUUGAUGGAGAUUCAAAUUAGAUCGGAGAGUUCGCAGACGCAUAAUAAGCCACCGAGUCCAAGAGUUACCAAAAGUCGAUCACAAGUUUGGUUCUUUAGAGUCUGCUCCUGCAUUUUGGUUUGGACUUGCUUGUUUCAGCUCUUUACCGGUUUAACCAAUCAGAUUUCCCGGUUCUCCCUUCCGGUUGAGCCGGUUCGAUUGCUUCCUCCUCGAAGAAAUUACACAAGCAAUGGGAUUCUACGAGUGUCUUGUAAUGGCGGUUUGAAUCAAAUGCGUGCAGCGAUAUGUGAUAUGGUGACUAUUGCUAGACUGUUGAACUUGACAUUACUUGUUCCAGAGCUUGAUAAGAAAUCUUUCUGGGCUGAUCCUAGUGACUUUGAGGAUGUUUUUGAUAUAAACCAUUUCAUUGAUUCAUUAAGAGAUGAAGUAAGGAUCAUAAGGAAGCUUCCUAAACGUUAUAGCAGAUACAAACUGUUCCAAAUGCCUCCAGUGAGCUGGUCAAAUGAGAAGUAUUACUUGCACAAGCUCUUGCCGCGGUUCAGGAAACAUAAAGUUAUACAUUUCAACAGGAGUGAUACGAGAUUAGCCAACAACGGUCUUUCUCUCCAUCUCCAGAGGCUGAGAUGCCGUGUGAACUUCCAAGGACUGAGAUUCACUCCACGGAUCGAAGCUCUGGGAGCAAAGUUAGUUCAGAUUCUCCAACAGAGAGGCCCUUUUGUGGCUUUGCAUUUGAGAUAUGAGAUGGACAUGUUGGCUUUCUCUGGCUGCACUCAUGGUUGCACUGAGAAAGAAGCUGAAGAACUUAAAAAGAUGAGGUAUGCCUAUCCUUGGUGGAAAGAGAAGGAGAUAGUCUCUAAGGAAAGAAGGGUGCAAGGGCGUUGUCCAUUGACACCAGAAGAGGCUGUUUUGGUCCUAAAAGCCUUAGGGUUUCAAAAGGAUACACAGAUAUACAUUGCAGCUGGUGAUAUCUACGGUGGCGAGAGGAGAUUAGCCCUUUUAAAAGAAUCAUUCCCAAGAAUUGUGAAAAAAGAAAUGCUACUAGAUCCAAAGGAACUGCAACAGUUUCAGAACCACUCAUCACAAAUGGCAGCUCUAGACUUCAUUGUAUCAGUAGCCAGCGACACUUUUAUUCCUACCUACUAUGGAAACAUGGCUAAAGUUGUUGAAGGUCAUCGAAGAUAUCAUGGGUUUAAGAAAACAAUAUUGCUAAACCGAAAGAGACUUGUGGAGCUAUUGGACUUGCAUAAGAACAAGACACUCUCAUGGGAUCAGUUUGCAGUAUAUGUGAAGGAAGCUCAUGAGGGAAGAAGGAUGGGAGAACCAACACAUAGGAAAGUAAUCUCUGAUAAACCAAAGGAAGAAGAUUACUUCUAUGCCAAUCCUCAAGAAUGUAUCUGUAAAAAUCCAUCCACUUUAUCAGAGUGAAGCAUAUAUAUCACUAACCAACGUUUUUCUAAGAUAA